AUGAGAGGCACAUACAGCCCCAUUACUACACUCACAUCGACUUGUGUUCUCAUCUCACUUCAGGCUGUGGCUCCUCUCAGGGAGAAGAUUCGUGAUCUGGAACAAAGUUUUUCUCAGAAAUACCCACCUGUGAAAUUCCUGUCAGAAAAGGAUCGGAAGAGAAUUUUGAUUACUGGUGGAGCCGGUUUCGUCGGUUCCCACCUGACCGACAAGCUGAUGAUGGACGGCCAUGAGGUCACCGUGGUGGACAACUUCUUCACGGGAAGGAAAAGGAACGUGGAGCACUGGAUUGGCCACGAAAACUUCGAGCUCAUCAAUCAUGAUGUGGUGGAGCCUCUUUAUAUUGAAGGUGAGUGAGAGAGUAGUUAACUUGGUCCAAAGUAGGACUGGCUUGACUAACUAAAGACACAAAAAUCUCUCAAGAAAUUUUGAGUGUGUUUUGAUGCUUGUUGUGUCUCGCCUAUACCGUGUGUUUAUGCAUGUUUAAUGUAUGCAUCAUUUAGAUCGAAAG